GUUGGAAACAACAAACAACCCUUUCACCAACAUGGUGAUAUUUCACCCCUUUUUUUGGCACCAAAAAAAAAGUCAGCCUGGUGAAAAAGAGGGGCGUUUCUAUUUCCCCUCAGUUCGACGUCUCUGAAGUAGUGCACAGUAACAGCGCAAGAUCGAGAGAGCUUUCGAAUUCUUCUUCCCCCCCCGCCUCAAAAGCAGAGAAAGUCAAUCACGAAACCAAGAUUGUAUACAUCCAUGAACGAGCAUGCACAGUGAAAAGAUUAUUGUGCAAGAACCAGAAAAGCGAUUAAGCAGUCUUUCCACGCUAUAUAACCAGUUACAAUCGGUCGUUGAAUACAAUGCUUUACAACGCCAACGAGCAAGUAUACCAACGCUAAUUAAGCGAGUUCAGAAGUUGGAUUUGUGCGAUACAGACGCAGAUGCAGACGACGACAGCAGUGGCGGCACCUACUCUCCCAGCAAUAACAGCUCGAUAACCAAUAGCCCUAUUACUCCUUGUCACAAGGAAUCACUCCCCGUAUGUCCCUGCGACCAAAUCAUAGGUUCAAGCAAUGAUGUUCACUGUACCCUUUGCAAAGCAACCCUGCCAUGGCAAGCCGGAUACGCAGCGUGUCAGUCGGACAUCAAAGAUAAGAAAGAGCGAAUCGCCAAGUUAUGUUUUCAGCAAGAAGCGUUGACAAAGGAGAUACACGAGUUGAAUGAAAAACAUAACCAUUUACAAACGUCCUUACGUCGCAGAGAAAACGAUAUCUUAUCACUUCAGCAUGAUUUGGAGGUGUUCAAGCAAAAGUGUCUGGAGGAAAUUAGUCAGAUCGAGUCCAUUCAACGGUCAAAGGAAUCGGUGAAACGCGAACUGGAAGAUCUGGGACAGCGGCUGUUCGAGGAAGCGAAAGAAAUGAUGUUGAUUGAAAAAGGGGAAAAGGACGAAUUACUGCGAAUGCAUGCAGUAACUCAACAACGACUCAAUGACUCGGAGCAAGAGCUACGUGAAAUCCAACGUCAAAUGCAGAUUCUUCGCACGGAAAUGGAACACAACAAUGGAAACGAUCACUUACGUCGAUGUGAUGCACCGGAAGCCGUUCAAGGAGCUGAAUCGUACGACAUUUACCACCGAGCACGAAUCGAUAUGAUUAUACUCCAUGAAAAAGACAUUGAAUACCGAGCGGACUCUGCGAAAAUUACAGAAGUACCGUCUGAUUUCAAAGAAUUCGUAGAAUCGGUCGGAGAGGUUUCACUUCGUAAAAUACACAGUUUGAGGUUUAUGAAGCAAUGUUUAGCCGAUGACAUUGAGCCUUGUCUGCGAUUUGGUCCGAAUCCGAAGAUGACCAGCCGUAAACUGUUGGCCGCCAUGUUAGUCAAGACUUGCUUUGUCGAAGAAUGUCCCAAAGGAUUCGCGACAAGUCAAGCUGAGAAGCAAGCACUUGAAGAAGCGACGAUCAGUCUCUGGGAACGAUUUGCGCUCAAUACCGUCUCCUCUGGAUGUCAAGCAUGUGGUCGCAAGACGGAUCCAGCUACCCGCGACGACAUUCUCUCUCAUCGGCUUCGUAUUUCCUAUUUUGAUGAGUGGGCAUGUAUUGAUCGAUAUUGCCGUGAUCGAGUUGUGUCAGUCCUAGAGUUCUAUUCUUUUAUCCGUUGUAUCCGUGGUGGAGCCUAUCGCGAACGUGACCUGGAAGACAUUUACAGAGAAUGUAUGCGAUUAAAAUUGCAGAUGUUUUUUAGCAGGUUAGGUAUGUUGCCGGCAGCCUUAGAAAGUAUUUCAGUCGAUUCAUCGGCUGUUGGCAGAGCAUCCGGAACAGCUCCCGCGGACGGCAAAGUAUCUUUGGAAUCACUUGUUGCCCGUACAUCGAGUUCUACCGAAUCAAGUGCAAUAGCUUCCACACUUUAGACUCCAAUAUCCUUUUAAUAAUAGUUAAUGCCCAUGGUUACCCGCUUUUUUACUAAUUCACAAUCGUUUUAUACUUGUCCUUUUUUAACCUACAACUUAAUUUAAUUCCUUUCGUUUUUUAAAUGAAACGACUAAAUGGCACUCGCCAAUGGUAUAUUUUUUUUUUCGUGC